CACGUGCAAGUGGGGACCCACCUCUAACCUUCACAGCUCAAUUGAGUAUCCUCAACUCGACUACAGCACACAAGACGAUACCGAGCCUCAGCCGCCUCUUGUACACUUUCAAAAUGGCCACUCGACGCAUUGUUGCUACUGAAAAGACCUUCCUUGAUAAGGAUGAUCCCAUUGAUGAGAGUUCUAGUACUGCUCCUGCCGUUCCCAGCCAAGUUAUCUACAAGCUUCUAGCAUUCACUUUUGCCAUGAUUGUGGUCCCCAUUGGUUCCUAUUUCCUCACUGUUAAUACCGUCUUUCGUGGAAACUCUUCUCUGGCUGGUGGCUUGGCUGCUGUCUUGGCCAAUGUCGUCCUUGUGGGAUACAUUAUUGUAGCUAUGAAAGAGGAUCAGUCGGACAAACAAAAGCCAGAGAGCAAGAAGGACAAGUAGACACAGCGUCAUAUAUAAAGUUGAUUCACUCUUUCAUAAAUUUCUAUCCGGCAAAAGAAGAGUCUCAGGGGCAACCGUCUCAAUUAUUUUCUCGGGUCAUCUUCAUGACCAUGCCUCGCUAGUUUGGGCGGACCAUCAUGUCUGGAUGACCUCUACAGCCACGUGUAUAUGC